AUGGCACAAUCAUAUAGAGCUGGUACAACUCAGCAAGAUACACCAGGCUUACCUAUUAUGCAAAUUGUAGUACCCUUCGCAACAAAACACCAGAACUGCCCAAUAACACCUAAGAUAGUGAAUAGCAAGGUUACAACAUUUACCAAACCACAACUUAAGGCUAUACAAAAAUCGGCUCUAGCUAUGGAAACAGCAAUACUCGCUAACCAAAAGCCCAAGAACAACCCUAAGGAGGGACUUGCACCAAAUAUACCCAUUCCUAUACCCACCCCUAUAUCAAUAUCCAAAUAUCAGGGAGGGCAAAUCAUUGCUUAUGAAAACAUCGGAGAUAGUCUGAUGAAAACAUAG